AUGAACACGUACAACACGCAAGGACACCCGCGGUGGGAUCUCAGCGACCUCAAUCUCGACCGCCCGAACCUCACCGAGCUCUUGCCCCAGUUGCAGAAUCAUCAGGUUCGAGAACGGGAGUGGAACAGCAACCUGACAAACGUUGUCUCGGCGCCCUUCGGUUUCCGCCGCACCCCCGAGCACCCCACGCUGUUUCGAUACGUUAAUGGGGCGGAAACAGACCUAUGGGACUCGGCGUUGGCAGAUGGGACACGGUUUCGCGACGUACCGAUGCAAAAGCCGCUCGUUGCCAUGGUGGUGAUGCGCAAGCACGGAGCCAAUGCCAACAUGGAGACGCAGAGGAACAGCGUUGGAACCCACAACCCCGACCUGACAACGCUCCUGUCAGAAGGCCUCGUGGACGACCCGACGACCACCCUCCGUGUACUUUCCUUGGCCGGCGAGAUCAAGGUCACUCGCAUCAGGGCUCGCAACGGCAAGCUCGUCAUUGCAGUAGACCCAGACAACGACGUGGAGUUGACGGAGGACAUGGCCACGCAUUACUCCAUUCCGUCCGCCUCGGGGGACAAGGCCAAACUCGUCCGUGUCGACGAGGGUAUCAAGUGGACCGCAGGCUUGUCCAAAGCGGUCAUCUACCUGCAGUCACAGUAUGAAUACUGCGGCGGGUACUUGUCGGCCUCCGUGCUGGGCACGCGUUUCUGCCGGAUUGUGAUGGCAGAUUCGGGGCACGUCAUUCUCGAGGUCUCAUCUGCUUUCUUAAUUGCGGCGACGACCACAGCGCUACGCAUACAUGAUUUCUUGAACGAUCAGACCAACGUGGCCAGCCUACCAUGGGACAUGUGUGACGACCACCCCGGGGCGUUUCCAGAACACUCGUGGAACACCGAUGCCAUGGACCGUCUGCUGCAGCUCCACAAAGUGGCCGCCGACAUCCUGACCUCGCAUACGGCAAGCCACGCCGACCAGCCGUUCUGCCGUCUCACGCCAGUUCGAGACCUCGCGGGCGUGAGAGAGCUAUUGGAGGAGAUCGCGUCGUCGUCCUUACCGGCUCCGCUGGACAAGGACGAUGACCUGCGGAUAUCGCGGGCUGUGAAAGGCGAGCCGGGGCCAUCUGCUCUUGGCCUAGGUCCUACCACCCGGUCCCAAACGAUGUCUGGCGCUACGUCAGAAUCAGGUAUCCAGCGAUCGACCGCUCCGCCGGCAUAUCAUGGCCAGUCCGACCUGCAGGAGGACACCACGGUCAGACGCUGGCGCGAGUCGCUUCCCGCUGUUCUCGACACCUCGCCAGGCGUGCCACCUAUCCUGACGUCGCCGCCCGAGCUCGCGUUCGAGGACGGUGUGAUCGCGGACGACAAGGAGUGGGACAGUGUGCUCGAGGCACACGACAUGCCGAUGGACCUCGAGCGUGGACGCGAGUGGGUCAGGCAGCAUGUCGCGCCUGAUUCCGACUUUGAGAGCGAUGACGAGGGCGAGCAUGUCCUUCUCGCUGACAUGCUCAAAGCACUGGAGGAACGCAACGUGAGGGUCACGCUCGUCCACACGGACAAGAUGGACCGCCUGGUGGGCGUGAUAGAGAAGGCGGUGUGCGCCUGA